AUGCCUGGUGUGCGGUCUUACGUGGACGCGCCUGCACUGGGCAAAGCUCUGUCUACCUUUCAGUCUCGCCUCCUCGAGCGGGGUGCGUGGGAUCGAGCGGCGCACCCCCGGCCUGGCAAGCGCUUCGUGGAGGUCUGGGAGCAUGACCGCCAUGACCUGCGCAUGAUGGUCAAGGGCAAAGAGCUCCACGGGAAGCCGGACGCUACCGCCACUGCGCCUGCGGCGUCUGGGAAGGUCGCGGCCUACUGCGCCUGGAGAGAUUGGCGCCUCACACGGGGCAAGCACAAGCAAGCGAGGGGAGUUCUCGUACGCGCUGAUCGCGGUAAACACAUCCACACGGCGCUGGCGUCAUUGCUGGACACCAAACGAACGGCAUGGGCCGACAUUCAUAUGGAGUUGACGAUGGUGUGGACGCUCUGGCACCUGCCUCCCAACAUGGCCAUGACCGUGACCCUCCAAGUGAGGAAGCCUAGGCUGUGGUGCCUGUUUUUCACCAUCGUGCACCAGCAGACCUUUUGUGAACGGCCUGGACGAGCCCCGCCCCGAGCGGGAGUAAUAGCUGCCAACGACAAGGCGGUACUCACCAACGAUGCCGUCGAGCAGACGGAAUCGGCGCCGCACUCGAUCGACACGCUCAUCCCGUAUUUGGCCCAGCUCAUGACUUCGCUGGAUGCAGUUCUUGACAGGCGCGGUCGCAUCUCUCUCGGCUUCGCGGCGCUGGGCCUGGCAGUCUCGCUGACGAUCGAGGUAGCGAUACGAGUCUGCAUCUGGCUGUCGACGUUAGUGUUCGGGAUCGUGCUGGAGCUCGGGACUGCUGGCGAUCGAGACAGUGCUGGAGCCGUUGAGUUUCACUGCCUCAAGGUCCUGCCCGAGGGCCCGCGGGUCGCUACCUGCAAG